AUGUCAUCACUAGCACCACGAAAUGCUGGUGAAAUAGUCACUGCUCUUAGAAAAGAAAUAGGAAAAGAUGAUAAUGAAUUUGUUGUUGAAGUAUUAAUUGCACUUCGUAAAUGUAAGGAAAUUAAUGAAGGAGUUGAAAUUGAUGAUGUUAUGUUUGAAGCAUUAACUACACCAGAAUUAGCUAAAGAAGCUAUUGAAUAUAUUGAAUAUCGUCUUCAAGGAGAACAAAGAGAAAAUACAGUUGAAAGACUUAUCGAUUUCAUUGAAGAGGUUAGUGAUAAUAAAACAUUAAGAAAUGUUAUUUGGAUGAUAUGUGAGUAUUGUAAUCAUUAUGAUGAAGUUAUCAAUAUGUUCAAGAGAUUGAUUGUUGAAUUACCAAACAAAGAAGAAACAUUUAUAGAAAAAGAUAUUGAAGAGAAAGAAAUAGAAGAAGAAAAGAAAGAUAAUGGAAUUAUUGAAAGUAAGACUGUUGUAUUACCUGAUGGUACAUAUGGAAGUGUUAUAGAAACAUAUGACAAACAAACUGAAAAGAAUAAACUCUUCCAAAAAGUUGGAUUAAGAACAAUGAUUGAACAAAUGGAUUCAUUAGUUAUUUCCAGUUUGGCUAUUGGUAUUGCUAAGAUUUGUAGUAAAGUUAUAGGCAAAGAGGGAAAUUGUAUUAGAGCAAAAGGAAUUCAAAUAUUACUUGAGAUCAUUAAAAUAGAAAAAAAGAAUGAAAUUCACAAUAAAAUGAAUCAAGAUUGUAAAGAAAUUAUUCAAAAUGUUAUUUUCAUUAUUAGUGGAAAGAAAACAGAAUAUGAUAAACAAAUGAAACAAAUCGAAGAAAUGGAAAAAGGUAUUCGAAAAGAAAUUGAAGAAGGGGCUAAAAGAAAAGAACACAAAGACAUUCAUCAAUUUGAUGAAAAAAUUCAUUAUGAAAUUUUCAAUACUACUGAUGAAGAAGAAAAUGAAGAAAAAGAAAGUAGAAUUGAACAAAUUAAAGGAGAAAGAAAAUUAGAACGUUUAAAUAAUAUUGUUCAAUUAACAGGAUAUUCUGAUCCAUUUUAUAUUGAGGCUAUUGUUACUGUUACUCAUUUUGAUAUUACAUUAGAUUGUCUUAUUAUGAAUCAAACACCAAGUACAUUACAAAAUAUUACUAUUGAACUCAUUCCACAUGGAGGAAUGACUGUAAAAACUAAACCAUCACCAGUCACUCUUGGUCCUGGUGAUUUUGUCCGUGUUAGUUUAGGAGUUAAAGUUGAUGCUACUACUGUUGGAGUGAUUAGUGGUUAUGUUAAUUAUGAUAUUGCUGAUAAGGGUGUUACAUAUAAUGCAUUAGAUGCUAAUUUAAUAUUAAAUGAAUUAAGAAUUGAAUACUUGGAUCAAAUGAGACCAUGUGAUGUAGAUAUUGAGGUAUAUCAAAAGAAAUGG